AUGACUUAAUUUGGGCAAACCGAAAUUUUGGUGUAUAUAUACUAUAGGUUAAACAAUUGUUUUGUACGUGUAGAAUGAUUGAAAGGUAAAGAUUGGCUUGGGGAUGCGAGUACAUUGCUUGGUAGUCAAGACAUCUCACUAAUCCUGCUGAAUUCGCACCUCAUUAAGGACAAAUUUUGCAUUCGCACCUAGCCCAAUUAAAACGACCGUGUUGGCUGCCUUUGGGAGCAGAUGGGGGUGUUUAAAAAAAUGUAUUUCAUUAAUUUUAAUGAUGCAUUCUAAAUUCGGCUGUGGCUUGUAAACACCCCACUCCAGUUUAUAUUCUAUUCCAUGUUGUAAUGUCAUUGAGUAGUGUAGUUAAGUACGGUAAUAAUCGAAUUAUAACUAUCCAGCAAUCAAGCACAAAUGUACAACUUCGGGCAAGACGCCUACGCAGAUAUUUAUUCCAUUGGAUUAGUGGUCUCUGAUCACUAAUAUUAAUUUUAAUUGAUUGGAUUAUUGGCUACAAGUGGCGGCUCAUAAAUAGGCGUUCGGAACUCUUAAUUAAACCGAUGAUUACCCUACCACCUGUUUUCAUUUACUCUGCUUGCGUAACAAAGCGUGCCAAUCAUCUGAAUCGGUCUGCUCGCAUCCUUAUUCACUAUUUUUUUGUUUUCGCCAGUCCAAAUGCUUAGAUCAAAGUUUUCCAUCAGCGUUUAUCAACGACAAAAUAUGCGCAUGAUGACGGCGAAUUAACGGAGGAGGAGGUCUCCGGCUGUUUGUACGACCUGGGGCCGUCUGCAACGGGACUGGAGUGUACCUACCGCUCUCUUUCUAUCCCUGGACGGAACCUGACGGACAUCUCUCUCUUGCACAAUUACGUUCACCUUCAAAGACUUGAGGUCCCACACAAUAAGAUAAAAGACCUGUCCUGCGUCAGUCACAUGCCUUAUCUCCUCUUCCUGGACGCCUCCCACAACGAGAUCUCCCAAUUCGGAUUCCACCCUCCAAAAAACCUGAAGGAAGUCGAUUUUUCCUACAAUCAGAUGUCAGAGAUGAAGGCCCUGUCUGCCUACUCUUCUCUCUGCCGACUGAACCUGGAUCAUAACUCUUUUCGUGAGAUCCGGGGCCUCGAGAUGUGUUCCAGCCUCACGCACCUCAGUCUGGCGCACAACAGGAUCUACCAGCUCAAAGGGCUGGGCAAACUGCCCCUGAGAGAGCUCUGUUUGAGGGGGAAUCAUAUCCGGAAGAUUGAGAAUAUUGAGAAAAUUUGGACCCUGCAGACUCUAGACCUGUCCUCUAACAAGAUCCAGAGCCUCUCGGGUCUUCAGAACCUCCACCUGCUCGGAUCCCUCAACCUGGAGAACAACAUGGUCAGCGACAUUAAGGAGGCGAAACACAUCCAUGACCUGCCACUGCUGAGGGAGCUCAACCUGCAAAGGAACCCGGUACAGGACGAGGCCGAUUACCGAUUGGCCGCUGUCUUCCUCCUGCAGCAGCUGAGCCUCCUGGACCAACGGGACGUCAUGGCGGAGGAGAAGGUGUCGGCGGUCAAUAAGUACGACCCUCCGCCUGAGGUGACCGCGGCCAGAGAUCACAUGAUGCACGCGGUGUUCCAGCUGAGGCAGCCGCAGGUGAUCUUUGACAGCACGCUCCCCAGUCUGAACACUCCGUACCCCAUGUUGGUGCUGGCAGGCCCACAGGCCUGUGGGAAGAGAGAGCUCGCUCAUCGGCUGUGCCAGGAGUUCAACCAGUUCUUUGCUUAUGGGAUCUGCCACACCACGCGGGGGCCCUACUUUGGGGAGGAGGACGGGUCCGACUACCACUACGUCUCCGAGGAGCAGUUCCACGACAUGAUCCGCGCGGGUAAGUUCAUCCAGACCAUUCAGUACGCGGGUCACUGGUACGGCCUCUCACGGGAGGCCAUCGAGGAGGUGGCCAGGGAGGGCCUGGCCUGCUGCGUGCACAUGGAGCUGGAGGGCGUGCUCAGCCUGAAAAGCACCUACUUUGAGCCGCGCUACGUCCUGCUGGUCCCCACGGACCAGGAGAAGUACGGCAACCGCCUGCGGAGGAGGGCGCUCUACACCCGAGAGCAGAUGGACUCCGCCCUGUCCCGCGUCGACGCCUACGUCAGGCUGAACAGAGAGCACCCUGGGUACUUCGACAACGUCAUAACCUGCGAUGACACUGUGGAGGCCUACAAGACGCUGUGUCAGGUGGUCAGGGAGUACCUGGGGCUGGAGGAGGAGCAGGGUGGGGGUGACGGCACAAGUGCCAUGCCCGAAAACACCUUCACUGGUGACUCUCUGAAGGACACGAGGGAGCAGUCUGACCUCAGCAGGAACCUCUACGGCAAAGUGCAGCAGAGGCUGGCCCCGCCCAGGAGCCCGGCUGAAGUGGCCUCCCAGCAGAAGAGGCGGCAGCUGUUCCGGGAGGCACUGACAGGGAAAAGCCCUGGGGCCUAUACCCAGCCCCUAAACAGGGUGUCUCUCUCGGCCUCGGGUUCGAUGGCUCUACAGGCUGGACAGGACCCCGCUCCUCUAUCCUCCCCACCACCAGAGCCCAUCGAGAACAGCAGCUCGCAGGAGUCCCGCGGCAGUUCCGCCCUGUCCUCCCUCCGGGACAGCAUGGGGGGUCCUGGGAAAGGGGCGGGGCCAGACCUCCCGGGACCGGGACCGGGACCGGGACACGACCAGGACAGCCUGAGAGUCUCCGCCCACAGAUCACAUGGACUCAGGCUCCUCCCCCCAGCCGGCCUCAUCCCCGGGGGUCCAAUCGGAGGCCGCCUCGGGCCGCCCCGGAUCCAACGCCAAGCCCGUCCUCCCGCCCAUCCCGUCGGGCCGCAAGACCGCCACCCCGAACCCGACCCCGCCCUGACAGGGGAGGGGGCGGGGAAAAGAGGUUUACCCACGGCGGGUUAUACUCCCCCCCGCAAAGGUAGCCGCGCAAACAUUAGCCCUAUUUAACUGUCGUUGAAUGUGCACUUGUACUUCUGAAGUAGGCUCGUUGAAGCUCACCCAACCGUCCUGUGAUGUUCGGGCGAAACCUAGAGCCUUUGGCCUCAAAAGCUUCAAAGGUGAUUGGGCGAAACAGGCCAGAGCUGUUUAGACACGGCACACGUACCCAGCUUCCUCUGUAAAUGCAAAGCCUCUGUUGUGACAGUUCCUCUGUAAGAGAAAACACUAUUCAAAUAAAGCUGAAAGGAAUUGAAUGGA